ACUACCAAUGCCGGUAGAUGGAAGACGUCAUAAUUUGAAAAUUUUGGGUUUAUUUCCACAUCCCGGCGUGAGUCACUUUCACUUCUUUCAUCCGAUAUUAAGAGGUCUAGCGGAAAGGGGGCAUGAUGUCACAGUUGUAAGUCACUUUCCUGACAAAAGUCCACCAGUGGGUUAUACCGACAUACCGUUGACGGGAAAGGAAACAUUAUCGAAUAGUGUGGAUUUGAAGGUAUUUGAAAAUAGACGAUUCUAUAAUCAUUUCUUGGAAUUCUUUAUGCUCUACGAAUGGGGAAAGGAUGCAUGCAAUCAUACUCUUCGAUCGGAAGCCCUCUACAAAGUAAUGCGUCAAAAGGUACGCUACGAUGUUAUAUUGCUGGAACAGUUCAACUCGGACUGUAUGAUGGGUGUGGCACACAUGUUACAAGCCCCCGUAAUUGGUCUUAGCAGUUGUGCUAUGAUGCCAUGGCAUUAUGAACGCAUGGGUAUGCCAAUCAUACCAUCAUAUAUACCCGCACUGUUCUUGGGACAAUCCGAAGAUAUGACUUUGGGUGGGCGUCUAGCAAACUGGAUUACCUUCCAUGCGAUGAAUGCUAUGUACAAGUUGUUUACCAUACCGGCAACUGAUUCAUUGGUACAAUAUAAAUUCGGUCAUGAUAUGCCUUCGGUCGGUGAAUUGGUGAAAGAAACAUCUUUAAUGUUUGUCAAUCAGCACUUUUCGCUAAGUGGUGCUAAACCAUUGCCACCCUCGGUAAUAGAGUUGGGAGGAGUGCACAUUCAAAAGGCUAAACCGCUCGAUGUUGACCUUCAAAAGUUUUUGGAUAAUGCCGAUAAUGGGGUAGUAUUCAUAAGCUGGGGGUCAAUGAUCAAAGCAGAAACGUUACCCGUAGCCAAACGUGACGCCAUCGUUAGGGCAGCUAAACGCCUAAAGCAGCGUGUCAUUUGGAAAUGGGAAAACGAAACAUUAGCCAAUAAGCCAGAUAAUAUGUAUAUUAGCAAAUGGCUUCCGCAGAGAGAUAUUCUUUGUCAUCCAAAUGUGAAAGUAUUCAUGACACAUGCAGGUCUCAUGGGUAGCUCGGAGGCAGCAUAUUGUGGUGUUCCAGUUGUAGCAACACCAAUGUACGGUGAUCAGUUCCUCAAUGCAGCCGCAAUGAAACAACGUGGCAUGGGUGUAGUUCUGAACUAUGAAGAUAUCGAUGAAAAUACCGUCCUCAAAUCUAUUAAAAAGGUUCUUGAAAAACAAUACUUCGACAAUGCCAAAAUGAUCUCAUAUGCUUACAAGCAUCGACCAAACACAGCCUUGGAUACAGCCAUUUGGUGGGUGGAAUAUGUGGCCAAUACUGAAGGAGCUCCCCUAUUGAAGUCUAGCUCCACCUAUAUGUCUCGGUUUGUCUACUAUUCCCUGGAUAUUUAUACCGUCUUGGGUUUGGUUGGUUUUACUUCGGCGGUAACAUGGGGACUAUUGAUGCGCAAAAUUAAAAAUGCCAAACGCAAUAGGGCCACGACAAAAGUUAAAUCUAAUUAA